GUGGAAAUGCAGUUCCAGCCGGCCCUUGAUUCAUACGUUGCCGGAGGAGGCCAGGGGGGUGAUGGGAAGGACGGGGACCUAGACAGCGCGGACGCCGAGCUGGCGCGGGCCACGCAGUGGGCGGAGCGCUGCGCCUUUCCCUUCGAGAACUUCCUACCGUUGUUGCACCUCGCGAGAAGGCGAGGCCUGCCGAUGGUCGCCUUGGGAGUCGACAGCGAGAAGGUGUUCGACGUGAUGCAGAACGGCAUGGACUCGCUCGGGGAGGACGACAGGAACGCGUACGUGUCCGACUUCAAGGGCUUCGUGACGUACGUGAGGGACAAGGGCUUCCAGGUCUACGCGGACAAACUGAUCUUCCCCUCGUACGACAGGCUCAAGGAGGCGGGGUUGUUGGGCAGCAAACCGCCGACCAAGCCCAACUUCUUCGCCGCGAGAAUCCUGGCUGACGAGGCUCUCGCUUCUAAGAGGGAAGACCACGUUAAGUUCGGCUUCGGCGCUUCGGGGAGAGCGGCAAGGAUCGCCAAGAGCCUUGGGACCGAGAUGCCGACCAAGUCCGUCCUGAUAAACCCCACCGCCGAGGGAUCGCUGUCGCAGAGCCGGUCCUUGAGGCUGGCGCUGGAGUACGCCGACGACCUCCAGAAUGGGAAGCCGCUGGCCAACUACCUUUGGUUUAGCAAGUCCCCGAAGGUCAACCAGAUCCCGCGCAUGGUCAACCCGGAGGAUAAGGGAUGGCUCGAGAGGAUCAACCUGUACGACCUGAAGGGGGCGGCACCCUCGUAGUGUUGGAGGGAGAAGCGUCUG